CCAUUUUCAAUUUCUAAACCUGUUAAGAGAAAUCAAACAAGCAUAUCAAUAGCUAAAAGGAAAGAAUCAAGUUAAAAGAAUCGAACAAAUUAAAAAGGGGAAACACAAUGAGUGAAGAAGAUACGGUGGUAGUGCGAUAGAAACACAGUUACGGAAUUAGAUGCUGUGAAAUUGAAUUAGUCUGCGGAAGAAUAACGCUUCCUUUGCAGAUAACGUUGAAAUAUUACUCUACACCAUAAGUGUUGAUUAAUAUCCCCAUGAUCAUCCCAAGCAAGCAUAGCAGAGAAAACCUAGCCAAGUACCCACAUCCCUUAAUGGGUUGCUGAAUUCCCUGGUCUAUACAGUUCCCUUUUACAUGUUUGCUUACCCUCAUCUCUCCAUUCCAAUCUUAGUUUGUUGGCUUUAGAUGGGAAACAGUAUUCGCAGAGUUGGUCUUCUCAGUACUGUUAGGGCUGGGGAGGAUGAACCUUUCCAUUAUAAGUUGGGAAGAAAAAUUUCCAUUGACUUGUCAGAAAGAAAGUUUACGGUAGACAGCAGUGGAGGAUGGACUGAGCAGUGGACCAUGUCAUACUCUGUAGAUGUUUCAACUUCUACACUCACUCUAACUAGAAGUGGUAAAGGUGAAGGUGCCAAGGGUUUACGCAUAAAACUCUCCGGCGUAAUUCCAGCCGAAACUGGAAAUUUUGUAGAGCACGGUUUAGAUAUGGUCGUACAAACAGUCACUGAAUCGGAUGCUACGGUACGUAGAACCAGUUACAAUGUAAAUUGUCCAACGGCAGCGGUUGACCGUAGCGAGCAGUUUCAUGAAGAAGGAAGAGUUACGGAGACAAAAUUUUAUUUCUUUGGGUCUGGAGACGCAGGGAGUCUUACUGUUUUGGAAAUGAAGAAGAAGAAGAUUGGGGAAAGGCGAUGUUAUGCAGUGACUCUGGCGCAUUAUUUUGCCAGUAUCAAUGAUUUUUCAAGAAAUAAAACAGAUGUUGGUCUUUCUAUAGUAGUAAAGAUUCGAGUAUCCAAGGGAAAUUUGGAAGUAACGGUGCAGGGCCCUGAGCAACACCCUGCUUUUGGAUUACGUUACUUGUUUGACGAAGUCAUGAGAACCAAGAUUUGGAAGCCUACAUUAUGCCCACACUGUGCUACUAUCCAGAAGCAACCUAGCACAAAGAUUUCGCAGUCUGACAGCGAUGACAGUAAGAGUGUCCCGGUGGCACGGCGUCAUGGUGGUAGCCAGGAAAAUUUAAGAGUUGUUGACAAUGGUGGAAAGUUCAAUGGCAACGAUGUUAGGUUUUUUGGUUCGCGUUGUUGGAAGACUCUCUUCUUGUCCCUAAUACAAGUAGACUGAUAUAUUAUUUGAUGGGGGUGAGGACAUGAAUGCAAUGUUCUCUAUUACAAUGGGUUCAGAGUGGAAUUCUAUCUGUGUAUGGUGCUUUCGUUGCUUAAACCCUUUUUGGUUUUUGCAUAGUAAGAACCUAUCAUGAUAAUAAGAAUAGUUUUGUUAAGAUGACUUAGUUUUGUUUUCUGGUUAUGGAACCUAUACUGGUACAUUGUAUUUUGCUUAGGAUUCUAUGCACGAACCAAACUUUCAACAAGAG